ACCGGGGCUGUGCUUCUCAGAGCUGGCGUCCCAAGCCAACUCUUACCCAACACAGACACUCGGCCGGCCCAGAGAGCGAGGACUUCUAAGCUGCCCAGAGCGUGCUUCUGAAAAAUGUCUACCGUUGAGACAGAAGCCCCUGCCAGCACCCCAGUGUCAGCAGAAGAACCAGUACAGCAGCCCAGCGUGGUGGACCGUGUGGCCAACAUGCCCCUCGUCAACUCCACCUGUAAUAUGGUGUCAGCGGCCUAUACCUCCACCAAGGAGAACCACCCCCACGUCAAGACCAUCUGUGAUGUGGCAGAGAAAGGCGUGAAGACCCUCACAGCAGCCGCUGUCAGUGGGGCCCAGCCCAUCCUGUCCAAGCUGGAGCCCCAGAUUGCAACAGCCAGCGAAUACGCCCACAAGGGGCUGGAUAAGCUGGAAGAGAACCUGCCCAUCCUACAGCAGCAGACAGAGAAGGUCCUGGCAGACACCAAGGAACUUGUGUCGUCCAAGGUGUCAGGGGCCCGAGAAGCUGUGUCCAGCGCCAAGGACACGGUGACCACCCGAGUGACAGGGGCGGUAGACGUGACCCGGGGAGCCAUGCAGAGUGGUAUGGACAUGACCAAGUCCAUGGUGACCAGUGGUGUUCAGUCGGUCAUGGGGUCCCGUGUGGGCCAGAUGGUGCUGAGCGGGGUGGACACGGUACUGGGCAAGUCAGAGGAGUGGAUGGACAACCACCUGCCCAUGACAGACUCCGAGCUGGCCCACCUCGCCACAUCCCUGGAGGGCUUUGACAUAGCCUCUGUGCAGCAGCAGCGGCAGGAGCAGAGCUACUUUGUGCGUCUGGGCUCCCUGUCAGAUCGACUGCGCCAGCGGGCCUACGAACACUCUCUGGGCAAGCUGCAGCACACCAGGCAGAAGGCCCAGGAGGCCCUAAUGCAGCUGGCACAGGCACUCAGCCUGAUGGAAACCGUCAAGCAGGGAGUCGAUCAGAAGCUGCUAGAGGGUCAGGAGAAGCUGCAUCAAAUGUGGCUCAACUGGAACCAGAAGCAGCUCCAGAGCACCGAGGGGAACCCAGCAAAGCCAGAGCAGGUCGAGUCCCAGGCGCUCACCAUGUUCCGUGACAUUGCUCAGCAGCUGCAGACCACCUGCGCCUCGCUGGGGUCCAGCAUCCAGGGGCUGCCCAGCCACGUGAAGGACCAGGUGCAGCAGGCUCGCCACCAGGUGGAGGACCUCCAAGCCACCUUUUCCAGCAUCCACUCCUUCCAGGACCUGUCCAGCAGCGUCCUGACGCAAAGCCGCGAGCGGCUCACUAAGGCCAGGGAGUCCUUGGACCACAUGGUCGAGUAUGUGGCCCAGAACACGCCCGUCACAUGGCUGGUGGGACCCUUUGCUCCUGGAGUUGCCGAGAAAGCCCCAGAGGAGAAGAAGUAGGUUAGACAGGAAGGGGGCUCAGGGGCUUCAUCCCUCCCCAAGGGGCUGGCAACAGCACUGGACCCCUUGCCCCCCCCCCAGUCCAUCUCAGCUGCCACCUUGGGAAACGGGUCCUCCAAACAGACCAGUCCCUCCCGCUAUCUGAGCCUGGAGGAAGCAUGUCUGAGCCUCACCUGAUCAGUAAUUAGUGCAAGGUUUCUGGAAAAAAUAUCUCUAGAAGUUUCCAAACUUUGUUUUCCUAGAAAGUUAAAAAAAAACCACAUUUAUUUUUCUUUCUUAAAAGUCAGGGAUAUAGUUCUUCUAUCCUACUUCCUUUUCUACAUUAAGGGCCCCGGAUAUCAUCAGUCUUUAACGGACUUGGACUUCUGGUCUGUGAAGUGGGCCUCCUGGGAUGGGGUAGAGGUGGAGCUACCAAGACGCAUUCUAGAGCAGAAGGAGGUAGAGGUCUGCCUGUCCAGCCAUAGGUGCCUAGAGCUUCAGUGUUGCCUUAAUAAAGUUUACCUGCAGCUACGUA